AUGGCACGUCUCGAAAGGCUCGAGAUUCCGAGUACAGUGGUGCAUAAGGGGACCUCGCAGAGCCGGCCGGAGAGUCCAACGUCGUCGUCCGGUGGAAUGCCAGCACUCCCUUCGUCAAGGCACACUCUACUGGCCGGCGGCAUCAUUGGAUCUUGUUCCGAAAGAACGGAAAAUACGGAAAUGAUAGACGCUGCUAAUGCCAACGUCGGGAGCACGAUACCAGCAGCAUCGGCCAACAACUCUUCACGCCCAAAUACAUCUUCGGCCACCGUUUUACCUCCUUCUCCACCGGACAAGCCCUCCUGCGAGAUAGACGCUAAAAACUUUCGCAAUCGAACUAAUACGAAAGUUAAGUUGUUGGUGAGAAGCCAUGCUAUGAGGGAAUCAACGUCACCGCCUCGUGAGCCACACAAUAACAACGGUGGUGGUGGUGGUGGUGGUUCACCGAUUUCACCCCGCAGUCCACAAUCGAUCGAUGGCGGUGGUGAGAAGAAAUUUGGUAAUACGGCCUCGAGUGGCUUGUCACCGAAUAUCGCACCUGCCACUAGUCCAAAGAUCAACAACAACGAGUCAAUGUAUAACAGCAAUCUCGGGAAUGGUCAGUCACCGAAACAGACGCGAAAUACUGCGACGUCACCGACUUGUCGUACUCCCUCGCGAAAUGGCCACUCCAGCCCCUCUCAGGCCCAGUCACCCAAAAGCGUCAAUUCACCAAGUAACAAUUCAACGACCAACAAUAAAAACGAUAAAAACGAUACGAACGGUGUUACCAACCGGGCAAAGGUGACGACGGCAUCGACGGUUACGAUAACGAACAGUACGUCACAGUCGACCAACGUGAUUGUAUCAAAGUGCAAUAAUUGCGUGAAAAACAAUCAUAACGAGCGGCCAGGUUUGCUUCAAACACCACCGUCCCCUGCCAAGUUGGGUUCGGCGUUGCAACACUCGCCGAAGAGCACGAAUCUCGCGCAGAAUUGUCAACAGAACAAAUCGUGCGAAUCGAGGAAACUCAAUACCCUGAACGUUUGCAACAAUCAGUGCUCGGCUCAGUGUGGCAACACUCUCUCCGUUAGUCGUCCUGGCUCGAGACACAAGCUCAGGCAUCAGAAUUCAUCUCAGGGUAGUUUGGACAGCGGGGCUUCUCCGUGCUUGUCACGAGACAGCAGUACGGAGUUCUACACGGACAGUACGGGGAUAGAUCUCGAGCAGUUCAUAGCAGUGACGAUAAACCGUAAUCAAAAAGAUCGUACGGUUCUGCUUCGCAUUGAGAAGGAUCUCAUCGAGUUUGCGAAGGAUCGUCAAAAGAUAUGCCACAAAUUCCCGAACAUGUCCUCGUACAAUCGCAUGUUGGUGCAUCGUGUCGCAGCGUACUUUGGUAUGGAGCAUAACGUCGAUCAAUCGGGUCUCAGCGUGAUCGUGACGAGAACGAAAAACAUGAGAAUACCGGACACUCGGUUCAAGGAGCACAUAAGAGACGAUCUCAUACUGACGGAGGAACCGCGGCGUAGCAUUCUCAAACGUGACUCGAGCUCUUUCGAGGAUAGCUUUAAUUUCAAAUCUCCGGAUCGUAUGUCCGGCGAGUACUGCAGACGUAGCAAGAGUUUCGAGGAACGAGAGGAAGAGUAUGAGAGGGCUAGACGAAGGAUAUUCAAGGACAGCAGCGGGGAGAGCAGCGAAGUAACGUCGUGGCCUUACUGGUCGUCGUCCGAAUCGUCGGACACGUCGGCGAGAUACCGACUUCUUCACCCUACCGAUCAUUCGAUCAGGCCGAUGAGGCUGGCAAAAGGCGAGUCCUUCGACGGCAGGGACUCGUACCGUACCGGAGCUCUCCGGCCAUCUGUCUCCAAAUCCUUCAGUUUUGGCGGAUAUACGAGGGGCAUGCUGUCCCGUGGCGACAGCGUAAUGUCGACUCACAGCGCUGGUGCACGUCUCACGAAGCAAGAUUCAGGCGCGAGUAUGUGCUCCCGCUUGAGUCCUUCGAGCAGUGGUUACAAGUCCCAGAGUCAGCGGAGCGACGCGACGAUAUCACCUUCACCCUCACCCUCGCCCGUACCAACGAUACCGUGCGCCAUUCAUGCUCAAUCUAGUCAAAAUUCGGGUGCCUCACCGGAGCCGAGAGCAAGUGGUCAAACGGUCAUGUGGGCAGUAACGAGUAUCUCGAGCGUACCUCCCGGCAGUAUAAUAAUGAAUCCACAAACUAAUCAACCGUACACUAAUUCGGACGGUACGAUUUAUCGUUUCGAUCCGGAAAACCCACCCAAGAUAUUCACCGAGGUGCACGAAGAGACGGUCGAGAGUAUCGCGGAGGUCGAAGGGGAAGCCGAGGUCGUUGGAAAUCCCGAGAAUCAAGUUGAGAAACAGGAGGAUCGGGAGCAGCCUCAGGAACAGCCCCGAAAUAAAGUGAAAUGUGAAAAUAAAAGACAAAGGUGCCAGACAAAGAAUAACACCGUUGGCGGCUCGUACGCUGGCAACGUUGGAAUUCCGGCGCAGAACAGUGUCAAGAAUUCAGCGACUUCUCCCACUAUGCCAUUUGCUCCUAGCCCUCCUAUACAACAAGCACAACCGCAAACUCAGCAACCAUCGUGCCAACGACAAAACCAACAGCAGACGCAGCAGCAGCAGCAGCAGCAACAGCAACAACAGCAGCCACAGGAUUGUGGACAAUCAUUGUUGAGAACUGUGACCACUCAAGCGAACACCGUAUCUUCUUGCCCUCACUCGCAAACAGGACAACCGUCUUAUGUCGGUUAUACACAUCCCCCUGGUGGAGAAGCGGUUUACGGCCAACCGCUGGUUUAUGGUCCGGCUACGGGUGUACAGCAAAGCGGGGCGCUGAUAGUCUCCAGACAUCCGGGAGAUGUCGCUGCGAGUCAGCAACAAAACAAUGCACCGCCUGACAUGGUUUUCGGUCAAGCUCCUCUCUACGGCAAUUAUUCAAUGGCGAUGCCGCAGAGCACCGUUCAAUCCGGCGAUGUCUCCGAUCUUACGGGAUACUUUAUGGGCAUGAACGUUUACGAACAACCUCGCAACAACGGCGAUGCCCAAUCGACGCCUACGCAUCACGCCUAUCCUCAACCUCCACCUUCGGCUGGAACGAUGGUGACCGCGUCGCAACAAGCGCCACCGGUUGGCACUGGCCAAAACCUACAAGGCAUGCAGGGAAUGCAAGGAACCUACUGGCAACCUCCACCGAAUCAUCAAAUGCCACCCCAGCAAACGAUGUACUUUGUUCCGCCAUCCGGUACUCCGCUCGGAGUUGCUCCUGCUCCGAACGAACGGCACCAAAUUCAGCACCAACAGCAGCAACAACAGCAACAUCAACAACAAUCGCAGCAACCACAGCAGCAGCAGCAGCAGCAGCAACGUUUCACCUCCAGUUUCACAUUCAAUCCUCAAACUAUGACACCCCCGAGCCAAAGCACUUCGAGCUACGUAAACAAUUACGCGGUACCGUACAACUCGGUACCGGGGCUCACAGCAACCGCUGGAACUGAGUUCGCUUAUCAGCCCCCGGUCCACAUGAUACCGACGUAUUAUCCACCCGGCCAGCCAGGUAUUCAACCACCACCCGUCAUGUGGCGAGUUCCUACUCCACCCAACACACCAACCUCCAAUCAAGUAGGCUUACAAAUACCAACCGGGGUCCCCUUGAUGUACGUCAAUUCUGGCAGCUAUCCGACUCCACCGGCGAUGCUGUCGAACGGUACUUUCGGCCAUCACCAUCAUCACCAUCAUCAUCAGAUUGCAGGAACAGCCAGCGGAGCCUCACCAGCUCCGCCCGGAGCUUUUAUGGCCCCCGCUUUCGUACCGAAUCUCGUCUUCAGGCAAAACGUUCCUGUCGUUCCAGCUGGUAUUCGAGCCUCAACUCCAGCCGGAUCCCAGCGAGCGAGCAGAUCGCCAACCCCUGGGCAUGAGAUUUUUGGGCCCCCUGGUAGCGUCGCUGCUUCUGGAACUGGCACCGGUGAUAACCGAAACGCACAACCCCAACAACGUUAUCCACUGCCAAUGUAUCAGGGUCUCCACAUAGUGCAAGGUGACAUGAGAUUGAUGCAUCCCGGAGUGUCGGGCAAUCCUCGUCUUCAGUACGCUCCCGUACCAUCACCACCUGUCGUUCAGGGUUGUCCACGUCCCUUUCGACCACCAUCCUACUCGUCGAACACAUCGGGCUGCCCAACUCCAAACUCGUUCGACGGCAGAAAUACCAAGAUUCGUAAACAGAGGUCCAAAGUUACAACUCUGCCGCCGAAUGGACCAAGAUCGAAUGUCUAUCCUUCGAUGCCCUCGUUCUCAAACAAUACACCCAAAGAUAUCCGAGAAGGGACCGUGAAGGUGACAAUCACCCGACGAAACCAGUUGGUACAAUAUUAGCUGACAAUGAGUCGUCGUGACUCGUCGAGAAGAAACUUGAUGGGAGAAUAAAUAAUUAAGUCAAAAUACACGUGCACACAUCGAACACACGCGGGCACAGCUCCUUACGCGUACAUACGCACACAUCAUAACUAACACGUACACGUACACACGCGAAUACGAAUUACCACGAGAAUAACAGAAAAAUAAUAAAGGAAAAAUCACACGCCACCGUUGGUACAAAAGAAAACUGAAUUAUUAGAAUUGAACAUGGGGAAUUGAGUCGAAAGAGUGUUUAAGAAUAAGAGCAAGUGGAUAAUACGAAUGUCGAUUGAAGAAAAGCAAAUGAAAACAAAAAUUGUUAAACAUAUGAUUUACGAUACAAUUAAAGGGUGACUCUUAUGAUUUAAAUGAAUUUGAAAGGAAAUAAGAGUUCAGGGGUCACGUAGUAUAAGAGAUAUGAUGAAAAUUCGAGUUCAAUUAGGAACGGUCCAUAGGCACUUUUCGAAUAUGUGAAUUAAGAAUCAAGGGCUCCGCUCCUUUUUGUUUGUUUAUGUUUUUUGUUUAUAUUUAUUCUCUUUAUGUUUUUGUUUUCUGUGUCGCGAACUUCUUCGGCACAGUCUUUCAACGCUAAAAUAGGGACGAAGUUGAAAAACAUAUUACUAGUAAUAAAUGAGAAUGGUGGAGAAAGGUUAAAUCAGAAAAAAAAAACGACAAAAAAACAAAACGAAUUGAAUUAAUUAUAAUAUAGCGUACAAAAAAAACUGCGGAUCACGCCGAGAAUAAAAAAUAAAGAAAAUGUUACUGCAACAGAAUUUUAACUUAAUUAUAAACGUUUGUGUAUAUAUAUAUAUAUAUAUAUAUAUACACAUAUAUAUAUACAUAUAUAUAUAGAUGGAUUAUAAACCGAUGAUAUUUUAAUCGCGCGAUUUUACAAGCAAACAACAAAUAUUGAUUAUUACGUGCAUAUGUAUAAAGUGGGUUUUACUCUAUUUCGAUAAGACGAAACUUUUGAAUUUGUUUUUUUCAUAACUCUGUAAUUUUGCAAGCAAAAAAAAGUUUGGCCACAUAGAGAACUUACAGACCAUUCGUCGGUUUUUUACCAAUCUAUUUAUACUUUGGACCAGGUGAAAAUAGGAGCUUGCAUCUAUUAAACUUAAUGCGUAUGGAACAUUGUGAGAUACGCAUCAAGUACUCGCAUGCAUACGUUUUGCGGAUAUGAUAUGACUGUCCAUUCGAUAAUCAUAAUAUUUGAACCCAUUAAAUUGUAUACCUCGUAUAAAAGAAUUUUCACUUUUCGACUGAUACGCCAUUCACGAUUUUUACAGUUUUCAAUUUUCAUCGUAUCAAGAACCAUGGAAAACAGUUGGCUCUCUUAAAAUUAAAUUUCAAAAAGUAAUAAUCAAAAUAAUAAUUUGAAAAAUUUUCUGUCGGAUAAGUGUAAAAAUCGCUUCCAACGGUUGAACUUUCACGCUUACAUUACAGAUUUUUUACACGUAUUACAAAUUUUUUUGCCAAACUUUCAAAUUUUUCAUUGAUUCUUAUCGAUAUAGACUAACAUGCCUGACAUACGUGUGUAAAUAUUCUAAUAAAUGUGAGAUUUAAUUUUUAAGAGCGUUCGGGGAAUUGAAGACGGCUUGACUACCUAAGAUAGAAAAAAAAACGGAGAUGACACGAAAAUCCCGCAGGCAGGGGGUAAUCGAAGUCUCCAAUAUACAAUGAUAAUAUUACGAUAAUCUUAUCGAUCAUCUUACUGAAUACGUUUACAACGGAGUCAAAAGAAUCGUGUAACGAUCGACGUAUAAAACCUGGAGAAAUCAACGUCUCGAUGAGUAUGACGCGCACACUACAUAUAUUUUUUCAUGGGUAUUUUUAAAAUCUAUAACGAGAUAUGGAAAGAAUAGCUCCACCAUCGCACACGCUUCUCCUUAUUUUCUGCGGCUGAAAAAAUGAAAAAAAAAAACAACAACAACAACGAGAAGUUUCACAAGAAAAUAUCGUUGAACGGUCUUUUUCGUUUGUAUGAAAGAAGAUUUGAAAAACAAAUGUGAUCUUGUAAACGUAUUCGGUAUCUAGUCUGUAUGUGUAGUUGACGCUGUUAGUUGACGAUGUGACGACGAAGAGGUCGGGUGAAAAUCUAUAAAGAUUUUAAAAAAUAUAACAAUACAAAAUCCGUCUGUGGUUUGACGGGGAGAGCUCGAACUACGAAGGAAUAAAAAAAUAGCAAUCCGUUUAAAUGAAACAAAUUCAACGAAUUUCAUGUGAAAAUAACGUUUUCUUUUGAUCUCGCUACGAUUAAAAUAUUUUUGUAAAAUGAGAAAUGAAUAACUGAUAAUGAAACAAAUACUUUCGUGGCUCCGGGAAAGCGCUAUUCUAAAUUAGUCUAGACGAAAGAACUGCCCGGUUCAUAAAACACUCAACGCGGCACCGAGAAAAAUCCGCUACGAUUAAGUGGCUGUGAUUUUCGAUCGGUUUUCAAAUGAAAUGUGCUCUCCUCGUCUCUCUACGUAGACGCGACGACGCAUCGAGGAACAAAACGCAAAAAGAUCAUGAGAAUUCGGGAAAAAACACAAUAAGAAAUUUAAAAAAAAAAAAAGCAAGAAAUACACACAACCAUGUGGAACUAUGAAUCCAUCCAAGAAGCUUUGCUUACACGGUGAUUGUACUUAAGAUUUAAAUGGCGUGCCCGUCUUUUUACGAUACACGGUUCGUAUGAUAUUCGAAUUAAAUUAUUUUUUAUUUUCGUCCAGUUAUUUUUAAUGUGCAAGGUAAUACUUGAGGGGAAAAAUGAACGAAAAAACUGAAUAAAUAUUCAAAAGGUAAUGACACAAAGUAGAUUCCGAUUGUUGGUAAAAAGAUGGGCACUCCGAGGUAUAUAAUCGUUAACGUACCUUAACAAGUCGUAGCUAUACAUGUACCUUAUCGACGGGUUUCAAGAUCUCUGGUUCUAAAAAAUGAAAUCGAAUGAGCAAACACUCCGAGAGAUUCAUCGAUUUUCCUAUGAAAAACGAGGAUGGUAUAAAUCACGAAUAAUUGAGGAGAAAAUUAGUGGAGUGUUGAAACAAAAUAAAAAGAAGCAAGCAAAUGAGAACGAGAGAAAAGAGAGACGUCGACGAGAAUCGGCGAUGGCUGCUGAAAGGAUUAUCUAUUUUUUUAGGUAACGACGAAUGUGAUUUUAUUGUUUAAUAUUUGUACGAGGGCGAUGUUUGAGAAGAAAGAAAAGGUCGGAAGACACAAACGUGAAUUCAGAAAUAGAGAGGAAAGAGGAGCGAGAGAGGAGGGGGGAGGGGGCAAUCGCAGGGCCUCGAGGAUUCAACUUGCCGGCGAUACAUUCGUUCUCAUAAUUCGAGUUCGUGCUCCGUGCCCGCCUGCUCAUUUUUAUUUUCUUCAGUUUCUAAUACAAUUCUAUGAGAAGCGUAGCGCGACUUCAAAAAUUGGUUAUCCACACCAUCGGAAACUAUUCCUCCGGUCGUUAUUCUUUUGUAUUUUUUUUUUUUUUUUUUUUUUUUUCAACAAAAUAAGACGAGGCAAUUUCUUAUUAACUAUAUGCGCAUGUAGCAAUAAGUUGUCGUAAAUCACUGUAUAAGUCGUUAAGAAUCGUCAUCAUGAAAUCGUUAUAUAUAUAUAUAUAUUUUUUUUUUUUCGAAUCCAUCAAUCGACUUCUCGAGUCCUAUGUAUAUCGUUGCAAAGUUGAAAAAUGAUUUCAAUUUUUCAUCGGAACGCACACGUUCGGCUCGCGGCUAUUCCCGGGAGGACGCUUCGCGUACCGACCUCAUCUCCGUUCCUUCAAUAAAUCGUCCAUCAAACUUAUCCACCGUACGGUUUAUAAUAGAAUUAGAUCGAACAAGAGUAAAUGAAACACAGACACACACACACACGCAGACACACACACACACGACUCUUGAACCACACAAAAUAAAAAUGUAAUGAGAGCAGAAGGAAAUUUACGGUCGAGUUAUUAUGUAGAAACGACGACAAGAGAAACGAAUAGCUGCUGCUGGAAUCGAAAAAAUGUUAGAUCCGUUGAAACUUUCCGAGAUUCGUCAGCAUCAAACUGCUACUCUUACAAUUUCGAGAAAAAACAAACAACCAAACGAACAAACAAGAAUACAUAAAAAAUACCAAGUUGUAAUUGUUACAAAGUAUUUCGCCGUUAAAUUUUUUCAUAAUGUAUGUUUAGGAAAUUACGGAAACGCCGGGGUCGAAAAAUUGAAAACGAAACAAAUAUAUGAAAGAAAAAGAAGAAAAAAAAAUGGCGAAGGUGCUCGAACCAAUCACGUAGGCGAAACCAAAAGUAGUAAUAUUCGUAUUAACGAGUUAGACAUUGCGAGAGAGAAUUAAAAAUAUGAAAUAUAUUUCAGUGAAUGCAUCGAAUCCAUCGUCGUCGUUUAAGUGUCUUCGCCAUUUUGUUCUACCCAUUAGGAAUGAUGUUUCUUUACCUCAUUUAUUUUCAUUGAUGGGAGUGACAUCGGAAGAGCCGAAAAUUCCGAGGAUACUUUUGCGGGUGUACAUGGAAAACUUGGAGCAAUAUCGAAUAGUAUGCAACCACGGCGGGUGAAAUAAAAAAAAAUAUAUGACAUUCUGAAGCAAAACUGUGAGAAAACAAUCUGAGGAGCUGGGGGAGCAUCGCGGCAGGCAAAGCCAUGUUGAAUGAUAUUCAGCGGAAGUGAUAGAAAAAAAAAACAAAAAAUAGAAAUAUGCGCACUGUAAAGGUGAAACGAGAUGUGGCGAGAGGAAAGGUGAAAGAAUUCAUAGAACUCAUGUCAGUCUAAUUAUAUCUCUUGUUAUAUUAUAUACAUAAAUAUUAUCAUAUUUUCCAAAAGCGAAUUAUAUAUAACACGAUAAGAAAAAUCAA